AUGGACCAAGAUCCCGACCACCAGCCGGCGAUCCGAAGUCUUGGCGGCCUGGAUGUAAUCGACUCCAACGGGGACCUCUAUCUCUUUGUAGGAGAAGACGUGGAAGAAAAGCCCAAAAACUACUUUGUAUGUUCCAAAGCGCUCGCGAGGGCCUCGACCUUCUUUCGAAAGAUGCUCUAUGGCGGCUUCGCUGAAUCGCGACCACAUAUGGCCGACGCCCAGCGAGAUUGGACUGUGGAACUGCCCGACGACCGGCAAGAGGCAUUGGAGUUGCUGCUCGAUAUUUCACAUGGGCGAUUUGAAAAAGUCCCUGAACACCUCGAUCUCACAUGGUUGUACCAGUUUCUUGUUAUCACUGAGAAAUAUGACGCGACCAGCAUUGCGCGUCCGUGGGCCCGCGGAUGGAUGGAGUCUGUCAAGACAAGCAUGCAAAAUCCGCUACUUCUCGGUGUUGCUUAUGAACUUGGAGAUGCCCUGAUGUUCAAUACUAUGGCGAUGAAGAUUGCUACCGAGUGUUUGGUUGACGACAACGAAGAUCUGGUGUUUGGUUAUAGCGGAGAAAACCGGGAUACUUACUCAUACAAGCUUUGCAACAUAGAAUGUCUAUUCCCGUCUGGCUUCGUUGAUGACGCCACGACAAUACGGAAGACUCUACUCACUACCAUCCUGGAACCCUACGCCAGCCUCUACAUGACACUAAAACACGGAGAUCGAUGCAUGUCAUCGCCGCAAGAUCCCACGGGAGGCAAACGGUGCGACAGCAUUCUAUUAGGCUCACUUAUUAGAUCAUUCGCGGCGCAAACAAUCGAUCUCACGGCCCCGGACCCCGUCUCGGCGUACCGCGGGAGCGCUUCGGCGCUUCAGUCCGUCCUGCUCAAGCUCGAGUUGUACACGGUUCACUCGGCCUUCUCUCAUCCGUCGUCGACAUCGUUUAGUUUCGGGCAGACGACGCAUCCGCGGUUUGGCUUCACAUUGAGCGCUUGCGAGCAUGUGUUGCAGUCUGGACUGCGGGAGGGUGUGGAGAGGUCUCUGAUGCUGAGGGGGGAUAUGAGCUUUGUUCAGCCAAAACAUAAGGAGUAUCUGCAAAAGCAGGCGCAAAAGACGGGCCUCUCUAAGUAG